AUGGUUUACACCAUGGUCUGGUACGUCGACGGAGGGUGUCGAAGAAAUGGGCAGCCUGGAGCAGUGGCAGCGGCAGCGGCUGUCGAGAUGCUUCGAGGCGGCAGGGCUUGGACAUUCACAAGAGAUCUGGAACAGCCAUGCUGGCAGAAUGACUUCACGGCUCCCACAACCCAACGUGCAGAGAUCACGGCCAUCAUCCUCGCUCUAGAGCAAGCCCUGGAGGGAUACGACAGGCUGGAUACUUGUCCUCAGAUUGACCUCACCAUUCACUCGGAUUUCCAAUAUGCCGUCAAGUGCAUGGACAUCUGGCUCUCCAAGUGGAUAGACAAUGAUUGGAUCAAUGCAAGAGGCCGCCCGGUCGCCAAUCAAGACUUGAUCAAAGAAGCAUACAGUCUGGAAAAUCGGCUCAUCGAGUUGGCGGAUAUCACCUACAAAUGGGUGCCUCGAGCUCAGAACGAAAUGGCAGAUGCCGCAUGCAAUCAGGCCCUCGAUCAGCAGGAAGACGACGGCUAUUCUUGUUAG